AUGAUAACUAAUAAUUCUUCCCCAAGAGGAAGAUCUUUAGAAAAAGAUUUUAAAAGACUAAUUGAUGAUGAAAGAUUUCACAAUAUUGCUAUAAAAUGUUCGGACGGAGAAACGAUAUAUAGUUGUAAAGCUAUUUUAGCGACUCGUUCAGAUUUUUUUAACUCAUGCAUUUUCAAUGAAUCAUUAGAGAGUAAUAAUAACCUUUUAUUCAAAAAUAUUAAUUCAGCAGCAAUGAAAGUUUUAUUGGAAUUUUUGUAUACAUCUAAUGUUGAAGGAUUAAUAACUGUUGAUAAUAUAGUUGAAGUUUAUUAUGCAUCCAUACAUUUUGAUCUAAUUGAUCUUCAAGAUCAUAUUAUUGAAUCUACAAGAAAAUUUUCAAUGGAUAAAAAUGUAGAUGUUGGAAAAAAACUUUUAUCAGAAUGUUUAAAAUAUUUUCUAGAAAAAACUUAUGAUACUCAAAUUCCUUUUGCGACACCAGAAUUUAAUAUUUGGGAAUAUACUUUAGCAAAAUUUAUAAGAAAAGUUAUACAAAACGAAACAAUCAUUGAGAGAAUCUUGGAUAAAAAAUCUUUUUCAAUGUGUGAACCACAAGAAAUUGAAGGAAUAAAAAAUCAUUCAACUCCGUUAAUUAAGUUCAUUAACUUAAAGCGAAUGGACGGAGAAGAAAUUGAACAACAUGUUGAACCUUUCGGUACUUAUCCGACUCAAGAGCUUAAAAAGAGUUAUAGUUCCAUAUUAAAUGGUAGAGAGUUAGGAUUUAUUCGUGGAGUACCUAUUUUUAGGUGGAAAAAUAACGGAUCUAGUUUAAAGAUAUCUGUUGAUGGAUUCACCGUUGAAGGUAAUGGUCUCGUAAAACCUAAAUCGGUAUUGGGAAAUUUGAUCUUUAAAGGUAAAGGCGUUUAUGAGUGGAAUAUUUUAAUUGAAAAGCUAAAUAACAAAGUCUACAUCGGCAUAUGUGAUAUUAAUGUGAAUUUAAAUGAAAAUGAUAAAGUUUAUCAUGGAUGGGUUCUUGGAUCUGAUGGUUACGCUUAUCAUGAGAAAAAAUGGAAAAGGUGUUGUGCAAAAUUUAAAGAAGGAAAUAAGAUUACUAUUCAUCUAGAUAUGAAAAACAAGACCUGUGCAUUUUCUAUAAAUAAUAAUAAGAAAUUUGUAGUUUCUGGAUGGCAAAAUAUUCCUUCUCAAGUUUACCCUAUUGCUUCCUUGGGACACACUAGUAAAUUGCGAAUCGAACCUAAAAAUUAG